AUGGCCGCCAACCUGAGGCGCCGCUUGGAGCAGUUCCUGCACGAGCAGAACCGCCUGACCGACCUGCUGGCGCGGCUGGAGGCCAAGAGCGGCGUGGACCGCUGCUACAUCGCGCUCGGCGUCGCGGCGCUGGUGGCGCUGUACCUGGCGUUCGGCUGCGGAGCGUCGCUGCUGUGCAACCUCAUCGGCUUCGGCUACCCGGCCUACGUCUCAAUCAAAGCCAUAGAGAGUCCCAACAAAGAAGAUGACACGCAAUGGCUCACCUACUGGGUGGUGUACGGAGUGUUCAGCAUCGCUGAGUUCUUCUCAGACCUCUUCCUCUCAUGGUUCCCCUUCUACUACAUGCUCAAGUGUGGCUUCCUGUUGUGGUGCAUGGCCCCCAGCCCUGCCAACGGUGCUGAUCUCUUGUACAAGCGGAUCAUCCGGCCCAUUUUCCUGAAGCACGAGUCCCAGGUCGACAAUGUAGUGAAAGACCUGAAGGACAAAGCCAAAGAGACUGCGGAUACCAUCACUAAAGAAGCCAAGAAAGCGGCUGUGAAUUUACUGGGUGAUGAGAAGAAAAGCACCUGAGCCCAAGGACCCGCCAGAGGACCCUGCAGCCACCCACCAGACCGCCCUUCCCGUCCUCUCCGAACCUUCCCCUUAGAGCUUGAGAUUCCAUUAGGGACGCGGGAGAUCCUUUCAAUAACUUUGCCUUGGAAACAUUUGGUAUAUUAGAAAGAGUGUGUUGUCUGCUUACUGUAACUGUCAGUACCUAAGGAACAUUUUAACUUAAACUUGUUGCAAGGGGCAAUGUCCAAAGUAUUAGAGAAAAUGUUGCCUCUCAGUAGAUAAAGACCAUCCCAGACAAACUUGAGUGUAAAUUCUCGUGGGGUUUGUGCUUCACCAGGUUCUAUGCAUGCAUUCUCUCUCUGUAUAUUCUAGGGUACUCUGUGGUUCUGCUUCAUGUGAUGUACAACUUUAUAUGAAGUGUCUGUAAUGUGUUUGUGCAUACAUGUAGGGAAAUAUUACUGUAUCACUCACAAUAGGGAGCGUCUGCCCCAAACUGAAAAUCUCUCUUGCAGUGGGAUCUGCUGGAUCUUCAGGACGUUGACAUAAAUGAGUGGCAACAGGCAGUGAAUGAGGUUGAAUGCCAUUGGACUGUGGCUUCUCAGGGCUGUCACAGCUGAAUACCAGACACUCUGUGAAGCUGACGCUUCUGUGCCACAUUUGUGAAUCCCAGUUAGUUGGGGACCUCUUGCUCACUGCACUACUGUCUUGGCACCUUUGGAAAAGCUUGUCUUUGAUCGUUAUAAAAUUACUAACAUGUAACCAUCUCUGAUUUUACCUUCAAAGCAGAGUCACAUGUUUUAGUCUUUUCUUAAAAAACAACAACAACAACAACAAAAACAAAACCUUAAGAACCCUGAGAGACUCCACUGAUACUGGUUUAUAUGAUUUCCAACUUCUUGCCCAGGAGACACCAGGCUCUAGGAGCAUGUCUGGAAGGAAAAUGCCAGCGGACUUUUUUUGUGAAGUCCUGCUGCCAUCACCUUCCUUCUCUGGAAAAAAAGCUUUCUGUUGGUCAAACCAGGAGGUUAGGGCCAGACCAGAAGUAGUAUAGCAGGGAGGGGUGGGUAUUUGCCUUGCAUGCAGCUGACAGGGCACCAUAUAUGUUGCUCUGAGCACCUCAACAGUGAUUCAGGAGUAACCCCUGAGCAUUACUGGUUGUGGCCCCAAAACCAAACCCAAGACUUUCUAGGUUAUCUGUCAAAAUUAUCUGUACACAUUUGCAUAUAUCACUUUAUGCUUUCUUUUGAUUUCACUACAGAGCAAAAAAUGUUUAAAAUGUUAUUUCUAGGUUGAUAAGCCAAAUAGUUUAUAGAGGCCUUGACAACUAGUCAGGCUAGGAGAAAAACUAAAGUUUUACCAUCUAUGUAUUUCAGGGAUCCUUCUCAAUUAGAUCAAAGAACAAAAUAAAUACAUAACAAAACCAAAUGUCCAACCUGUAAAAAAAAAUAGUUAAGGCAAUAGAGAUGAUCCUCUUUUAUAUAAUAUAAUUAUAUAAUUAUGCUUCAUGCCAUAAAAAGGUUAACGAUAUCACAAGAAGCUAUUACCAACCCACAUAAUAUGAAUUAGGGCAUGAAUUUUCUUGGACAAUGAUUCUAAGGCAUUUUAGUGAGCUUACCUGAGGUGGAGAAAUACUUUCAGAAAAUUAAAGACAAUUUAUGUGGAGAAAAGUCUUGGGUUAAAAACAAAAAUGAAAGGCAGCGGGAGAUCUAGUAGUUUGCCUUUCAUGCAGCUGACCCAGGUUUCAACCCCAACGCCACAUAUGGUUCCGCACGCCCUGCCAGCAAUGAUCCUGGAGCACAGACACAUGUGGCCCACCCAAGUCCAAAUAAUAUUUAAAUAAUGGAAAAGUACCUCUUAAAGUACUGGCAUCCCCUCCCCUAUAAAGUGUUAUUUGACAAGUUU